GAAACUGGGCGAUGGGCUUUUCCUCCAGUGCUGCAGGGAGGUGGCAGCCCGCUACCCCCAGAUCACCUUCGAGAACAUGAUUGUGGACAACACCACCAUGCAGCUGGUGUCCCGACCCCAGCAGUUUGAUGUCAUGGUGAUGCCCAAUCUCUAUGGCAACAUUGUCAACAACGUCUGCGCAGGACUGGUUGGGGGCCCAGGCCUUGUGGCUGGGGCCAACUAUGGCCAUGUGUACGCAGUGUUUGAAACGGCUACGAGGAACACCGGCAAGAGUAUCGCCAAUAAGAACAUCGCCAACCCCACGGCCACCCUGCUGGCCAGCUGCAUGAUGCUGGACCACCUCAAGCUGCACUCCUAUGCCACUUCCAUCCGUAAGGCUGUCCUGGCGUCCAUGGACAAUGAGAAUAUGCACACUCCAGACAUCGGGGGCCAGGGCACAACAUCUGAAGCCAUCCAGGACAUUAUCCGCCACAUCCGCGUCAUCAAUGGCCGGGCCGUGGAGGCCUAGGCUGGCCCUGGGACCUUCUUGGUUUGCUCCUUGGAUUCUCCUUCCCACCCCAGCACCCCAGCCAGCCUGGUAGGCAAAGCCCAGAAUAAAGCAGCUUCUGCCUAGA